AUGACUUCCGCAACAAAACGGCAGAGCCAAGAGAGCGCAUACGAGAGAUCGCUGAGCACCAUCUCCGACUCCCUCGCCUCCUCUCGCUCGUCUCAUCGUUCCAUCCGUCAAGCGGCUACUGCCGCUACUCCUGCUCCCAACGAGGAUACCCCGAUCGCUACAUCCAAUGGCCAAGGGACUGAGAGGAAUUACCGAUCAACUGAAUGUGUAGACCGUGAUGGUUGUGCUGGGGGAGAUUAUCAGCAACAUCCCGCGCAACAUCAACAGCCGCAACGGAAAGCAUCCAGCGAAAGACAUGACCGUGGACUCGAUGGGCAAGGGUCAAACACUGGACAAUGGACGGGGGGCAUAUCACGCAAGUAUAAGCGGAUAGUGGAGAAAUACGGUAGUGUGGAGCUGGAGAAUAAGGGGAGCGUCGCAAGAGAUCAUUUAGCACUUGAGCGCACAUUCCUCGCCUGGCUCCGCACAUCUCUCGCCUUCGCCUCCAUCGGCAUCGCAGUCACCCAGCUCUUCCGCCUAAACAGCUCCAUCACGGAAUCAAACGCCCGCCACCUCUUCGACCCAUCGCAAGCACAACAACAGCAGCAGCAGCAGCAGCAGCAACAACAAGCCCCAUCACCCUUUUCCACAAAUAACCUCCUCUCCCCCGAACACCCACGCAUUCCCCCCCAUCACCUCCCCUCCAGCCUCCUCUCCAACGACCAAAUCAUAACCACCAACGAGCUCCUCCUGCAGAUCCAAAGCGGCAAUCGCCUCCGCAGCCUCGGCAAGCCGCUCGGCGCCACAUUCCUCUGCAUCGCCAUCGUUGUGCUCCUCAUCGGCUUCCACAGAUACUUCGAGGGCCAGUAUUGGGUGAUCCGCGGCAAGUUCCCCGCGAGCAGGGGCAGCGUUGCCGUCGUCGCGUUCAUCGCCGGGUCGCUGAUGGUGAGCUGUCUUGUGGUCAUCCUGACGAUAUCGCACGGCGCGCUGGAGCGUUGA